UUAUUUCCCAUCUUGCAAAGCUUCGAGUAAAUUCUCAUCUCAACGGUGCACCACAAAUCUUUCGAGUUCAGGUCACAAGAUCCCAGCGGACAAGCGCCCAUUGUUACACCGAGUUAGGUAGUUAGUUGGUUGGCUCUGUAGAGGACCCAACACCAACAUGGCUAUUGAAGUUGUCCCCCUCACAGAGGCCGACAUCCCCGACGCCAUCGAGAUCAUCCAAUCGGCCUUCGCAGAGGAUCCAUAUUUCAAGUGGGUGUUCGAUGCUGCCAAUUUCAAUAAAGAACGAAAUCAUGACUCUCUCGCUGUCCGAUGCCGUUGGGGCAUCAACAACGCCAUCUUUCAAGUCUCCUGCUGGCUCCCGCCCCAUUCACCCUCCGAGCCCGAGAGCUGGUAUACCUGGUCGCAAGGGUGGCUGCUCACUGCUCGCCAGGCAUUGAACAACCUGCGCCAUUGGGGCCGCGGGGGCCUGCGCACGAAUCGCUAUUGGAUCUGGAAGGCCCGUCAGCAUGAGGCCCAGAGCCAGAUCUGGGAUGACCCCAAGGGGUAUUAUUUCUGUAAUAUCGUGGCCGUCCGACCGGGCACGCAGGGGAAAGGUAUUGGUCGGAAGCUCUUCGAGGCCGUGACGGAUAAGGCGGACCAGGAGGGGGUCAAAUGCUACCUGGAGAGCUCGCGGAAUGAGCCCAACGUUCGGAUUUACGAGAAGAUGGGGUUUGAGAUGAAGAAGGAGAUGGAGUGUAGGGAUGGGGAGGAUGUGUGCAUGCUCUAUUGUAUGGUGCGCAAGCCGAGGUCGAAGUAUUAGUCGAGUAUUGAAGAAGAAAAGCCACGACGGAAAGGAGGCGGAGUCGAAUUCCACCCACACCCACGGCGUUUGCUUAUCUGACACUCAAUGGCGCAGCGCGAAUCGUCUUAUGUACAGUACUAAACGCUAAGUUACUAGAUCACUAUGGAUGGAACCACUGCCUACUAAUCAACGAACCCAUGUUCUUGUUCAACUGAGACAUGAACGUGGCUUUGCGACCGCCAAAUUUGUUGGUCUGACUCAAGAAACUCAACUUGGUCUGCUG